GGAGAGACUCGCAUGUGGUCGUGCUUGUUGAGCUGUCAGGAAUAUAGACGUAAAUUUCUGCUUUAAUGAUAUUCCGAAAUUUUGUUAACGUUGUAGUGAUAAUACAGGAAAUGUAUUCAUCAUACUGUGAUUUGCUAUCCUGUUGAUUAAUCUGAUUUAAUCUGGCUGACUUGACAAUGUUGAUAUACCCGUCAAAGCAGCACAGUCGCGCUUUGAGUCGAUUGAGGAGUGUCACUAGUAGAGCAGAUAGAAAGUGAAGAAGACUAUGAGAAAGAACAAAGUUGGAUGAACCAUUGUCAAGAAGAAUUUAUGGUAGAGAUGUUAAAGCUUGAAGCACUGUUGACUGACGAGGUAGAUGUAGUAAAUACACCGAUUACUACUGAUAAGGUAGAGAUCACCGGCAGAAACCAUAGGAUCAGCAAUUGUUCUAGAAAGAAGGCAUGAGGAGAGAAAGUUGGAGAACAACUGUGUAACCGGUUUCACCACAAGCUUCUACGUCAAGUUUCUAACAAAGAGUGUUGGGAGCAAUAAUGUAGGUGAGCAGAGCCAAGGCGGACCGUUAUUGUGCGUAUUACACGUUGAAGUUGUGUCGAAGAACAGGAGCCACGUUGCCAAUGUUAUGCUGGACUUGGGGUCUCAAGGCACCUUUUGUACGAUCAGAAUUUGCAAGUAAAUUAGGAAUCAAGGGGAAAGAAGUAGCGGUAUCUAUUACGAAGGUUGGUGGAUCUGAGGAAACAUUUUACACAAGGCUAUUCGAUCUCAAACUUUGCGGCAAAAACCGUGACGUGAUUCACAGCAUUCAAGCUCUCGAGAUGGAGAAAAUAAAUGAGGUAGAAAAGGUGAAUGUUGAAGAUUUGGAGAGAUCCUUCAAGAUGCAGAAUGCCUUCAAGAGAAGCGGAGGUCUUAUUGAUAUUGUGAUUGGUGUUGAUCAUGCUCAUCUGAUGACGGCAGAAACGAAGAAGUCAAGGGGCUUAGUUGCACUAAAUUCACCAUUGGGUUGGGCUGUGUUCGGUGGCAAGGCAGGCGACGGAAUGAUGAGUAGAGUGAUGAAUGUCAUGAUAAACAAGCCUGUGAACCUGGAUGACUUCAGGAAGGUAGAAUCCAUGGGUGUAGACGUUGGAAAAUUUGAUUGCAAUGCCAAGUUAAAUGCAAUGGAAGAUAUGGAGGCCAAGGUUAUUGAAGACUCGAGUGGUAGGAAACCAAUGGCGUAUUCCGUAUCCAUGGGCUAAAAGUCCAGCGCAUCUGACCAAUAAUCGAGGUCAAGCUUUGAAGAUGUUAAGUGGACUUGAAAGGAGAUUGGCGAAGAAUGAAGAGCAUGCUGAAGCCUAUAGACAACAAAUGAAUGAGAUGGUAGAGAGAGGUUUUGCACGCAACUUAAGCAAAGCGGAAUUGCAAGGAUAUAGUGGACCUGUACAUUACCUCCCUUUGGAAAAUACCACAGUGUGUACACAGUGUGUACACACUGUGUUCACAUAGAGUCCACACAGUGAACGCUGUGUUAACUCUGUGUUUUUGAAUUACAUACAUUGAACACACUGUGAAAACUUUGUGAAUUUACGGGAUACACAGUGUGAAUAGAAAUCACAGUGUGUUUAUACAUUAAGCACACAGUGAACUCAUUGUGAUUUUAAGGAAUACAAAGAGUAGAAGAAAUCACAGUGUGUUUAAACAGACACACUGUGAACACAGUGUGGUUCAGUGUGUUAUGUAGUGAAACACAUUCAUCAAACUUACAGCCUGAAAAUUGCUGUGGUAAACAUGAUAUAUAUAAUAUAUAGAUAAAUCAUCAAAGGUGCAUAUACAG